UCUAGUUAAUAGACGAUCUUGGGCUGCAUGUUUCCAGCUCGCGACCGUCGCAGACAGACAGAUCGUUGCUGCUAACUGACAGCAGCGCCGGCUCCGUCUACUCCCCGGCGUCUGAGGGCUGCUACGCUAGCGGUGAUGCUAAGCUAACGCUAGCUAGCUACGUGUAGAAAUAUCCGCUAGUGACCGGGUAGUCGGCUCCGUCUAUGAACCGGAGUUACACGGACUGAGCUGCUGUUCCGCUGAGCCCAGAGAAAAACAGACAAGACGUUCCGUUCCGUUCCGUUCCAGCAGAGCCAGGAGCUGUGUGCUGAUUGGCCGGGACGGGGCGGUUUAUGGCCUCUGGUGGAGCAGGAGAGCAGGAUGUGAGCGCUGUGCGGACGCCGCUCUUCACUGCGAGGCCCAGUCUCUUUGUGCGAGCCAAGUCUGCUGUGUUCCACACUGCUGCUGGCCGCCGUGUCGUCUCGGGAUCUGUGGAGGAGAAGAAGAAGAGAGAAGGUGGGCGGCGGCCUCAGUCUGCUGAUCCAGGCUCCGCGCCGCCGCCCUGGCACGCUCCCCGCCCCGGGGCUGAGGCGCCGUGUGUCGAGGCCCGACCGCGUCCAGGUGCCGCCUCUGCCUCCUGUGCGAUUGGAGACCCCCCGCCUUCCCGUAGAUUAUGUUGUAGCUCCGCCCCCUUGGCCCGGACCCGGCCUCUGAACAUCUGUGUGCGCCCCCUCGCCUCAGGGAAGACCCCUCCUCCUCCUCGUGCCUGCCUCCCUGUGCCUCCGGACGGCGCCGCAGCACCGCCGCCAGCCUCCGUUCCCUCCAUCACUGGCAGUCCGCGGUGUUCCUGCAGUGACAGUGAUGAUCAGGGGCAGGUGGGGCUCAACCUGCCGCGUCAUGAUGGCUCGACUCGGGCGGAGCUGACAUCUCCGAAAUCGCUGAGCACAGCACAGCCGGCAGGGGCGGGGCUUUUAGGGAAGAGGAGCCUCCCGCCUCAACGUGGUGCCAUCUCGACUGUUUCUUCCUAUCCCACCCGCCCCUCUCCACCCAAAAGUCCUGCCCCCACCCCUGCGCCUGCAGACGCCAUGCCUACCAACCACUUGCUCCGGGUCGGUCCUGCGGCCACGCCCAUCAUCACAGCCACUAAAGUGCCUUCCGCUCGUUGUCCAGCCAAGCCGGCGAGCAGCGAUGACUUCACCAAACCUUCCUCUUCAGACGCCGACACCUGCCAUCUGAAGCAGGAAGCGACUGAGGAAAAUGCCACCACCUCUCAGAGCCACUUCACCGCCGUGCCUCGCUCUGUUUCCAAAGAGGAAGUGACCGGAGCCCCGCCGCAGCACCUCGGCAGGAGUCCAGUACUGACCUGGGUGGCGGUGGCGACUCCGAGGCCGGUACAGAAUGGAACAAGCGGCGCCACGGAGGCUGAAGAGGAAGUGAGGACGUGGGACGGUGUGGAGGAUUUGGUGUCGGAGAGUCUGGGGUCAUUUUGUCGGCGGGACCUGGACGGUGUGCGACGAGACGAGACCACGGUCUGCCGCGGAGAGGGAGGAGCUACAGACCAGCUUUCAGACUGGCUCCGCCCCUCCUUCCUGGACCCGCCUCCUCUUUGCCUUACAUCCUCUGGCCAGCAGGAGGCGGCGGCGGGACAGAAAGACACCGCCGCCUCACAAAACACAACAGGAAGUGUUCAGACCGCAGCAGCCGGCCUGCCGCCCAACACACCAACUGUGCCAACCCACGCCGGCGGAAGCCAGGACCGACCGCCAACCGAGACGCACGGCGCCACAGAUGUGACUGGCCGUGCUGCGGGACCCUCAGUCGGCUCUGUGACCAAUCAGAUCUCUGCUUUCCACCUGACGCAGCAGGAGAAGCCCUCCUCCUCCUCACCUUCAUCCUCCUCCUCCUCUUCCUCCCCCUCAAAGGAGCGUCUGCUGUCCAGUCUAGAGUGUGUUGCUAUGCAGGUGGAUGGAGAUGAGGAAGAGUUUCCAAAUGAGCUGGAGAAUGCCUGCAGUGAUGAUGAUGAGUCUGACGGCUCCACUGUGACCGGCACCUCAUCCACAGCAUCCAUCAGCCUGCUGUAUGGUAUCGAGGAGCCCAUGUCGGGGGUGGACGAGGAUCGGGAGGAGAAACCGGCGCUGGUUCCCAGUUUAUUCCCGUUCUUCCCACCAACGCUCUACUUCAGCACUGCUAAUGAGAGAGUGGAGCUGCUGCCUCCAGAGCAGAGACGUUUGCUGAAGUGGAAGAUGAGCACCGUCACUCCCAACGUGGUCAAACACACCAUCGCCAGGUCGCACUUCAAAGUCACCAAGAGAAGCCAUGACUGGCUGGGCUGCUGGGGUCACCACAUGAAGUCUCCCGGCUUCAAGGCCAUCAGAGAAUACCAAAAGUUGAACCACUUCCCCGGCUCCUUUCAGAUCGGCAGGAAGGACCGGUUGUGGAGGAACUUGUCGAAGAUGCAAGCUCGGUUUGGCAAACGAGAGUUUGGCUUCUUUCCUCGCUCCUUCAUCCUUCCUCAGGACAUCAAGCUGCUCCGUAAGGCCUGGGAGGACGGCGGCUCUCACCAGAAAUGGAUCAUUAAACCUCCUGCCUCAGCCCGAGGAAUCGGCAUCCAGGUCAUCCACAAGUGGAGCCAGAUGCCCCGCAAAAGGCCACUUUUGGUCCAGAAGUACCUGCACAAGCCUUACCUGAUCAGUGGAAACAAGUUUGACCUGCGGAUCUACGUUUAUGUGACGUCAUAUGACCCACUCCGUGUUUACAUCUUCUCCGACGGACUGGUCCGAUUUGCCAGCUGCAAAUACUCAUCGUCCAUGAAGAGCUUAAGCAACAAAUUCAUGCACUUGACCAACUACAGCGUGAACAAGAAGAACUCAGAGUACCAGAGCAACAGCGACGACAAGGCCUGCCAAGGCCACAAGUGGGCUCUGAAGGCUUUGUGGCAGUAUCUCGGCUCGAAGGGAAUCAACACUACUCUGAUCUGGGAGAAGAUCAAAGACAUUGUCAUCAAAACCAUCGUUGCGUCUGACCCAUAUGUGAAUUCCCUGCUGAAGGUGAACGUGCGCUCGGCAUAUAGCUGCCACGAGCUGUUCGGCUUCGACAUCAUGCUGGACGACAAACUGAAGCCCUGGCUGUUGGAGGUCAACAUCUCCCCCAGCCUGCACUCCAACACAGCGCUGGAUGUUUCCAUCAAAGGUCAGAUGAUCCGAGACCUGCUGAACCUCGCUGGCUUCCUUCUUCCUCACAGAGACGACGUCCUGCCGUCCUGCAGCUCCAGCAGUCUCUGUGCAGGCAGCAGAGACAGGAGCAGAGGAGAACUGUCCACUGACGAGAAAGUCAAACGAGCUUUUUACCUCACACAGCGCUCUGCUGACCAGAGUGUGUGUGGUCAGGACUUCCUGGCGUCGGUGCUGGACGUCCUGACUCCAGAUGAUGUGCGGGUCCUGGCGGAGAGUGAGGAUGAGCUGAGUCGGCGAGGAGAGUUCGAGCGAGUGUUCCCGUCACCAGCGUCCUCGCGUUACCUGCGCUUUUUCGAGUGUCCCAGGUACCUGAACCUGCUGCUGGACCAAUGGGAGCAGAGCACCUGGAACAACAGGGUCAAGGGGAUCAGCCUGCUCAGGACGCUCUGUCAGAGAGGAGUUCACCUGGGAACCAGUGACCCUGCCCACAUGUGGUCCAAAUGUAGCUAUCUCUCCAGGUUUGGAGCUCACAGACAAGACCUCGUCAGCCCCUCCAGUUCCAGUGUGGUGGUCAGCCUGCAGCGCCGCUCCCUCCCUGAUGACGACGAGGACGACAGUUCAGACAGAGAGCUCCGCCCCUCUUCCAUCCCACCGCCCUCUCCUGGUGCCGAGUCCAGCAGCAGCAGCUCUUGUCCCAGCCCCGAACCACAAACACGCAGCCUCACCCUGGGAUGUCCCGCCCCUCUCUGACGCCUCGCCGUGGAACAUCCCACCCCCUCUGAUGCCCUCUGGCUCCAGGCCGGGGCAGAGCGUUGGCUCCACCCGGUCGGGUGUGGGAGGUUAACGCCACUCAGGUGUGAGGAGACGAACAGUUUCUGUUAAUUAGAGCCAAACUGUGACCCUUCAUCCUGAGUUUGAGGGUCCAACAGACACAAACCUGCAGCUCAGACAGGAAGUGAGACAGGAAGUGAGACAGGAACACGUCAGACAGGUCCAUUAUUUGCUGAGUACGAGCCCACCUGGUGGUGGCCGGGUGCCACCAGGCUAAGGAGAAAACCUUCACAGGAAGCUCAGAUUAUCAGAUUAUCUGUUAUCAGCAUGAAGGACAGACUCGUUAACAAGUUAAUUAACAUACUAAUUAACAUACUAAUUAACUGUUUAAUUUAAGGUGACGUUAGUUAAUCUGCAGUACACAUGAAAAUCCUCUCUGGCUUCUUCACACCUUUCAUUACAAAGAUGAAACAUGAUUUCUCUGUGUGUGUGUCUGUACAACACACACACAAACACACAGUGCUUUCCAACACAACACAUGAUGAUGUCACUUCAUGCCAGAGUGACCUCAGCUCUCAGACUCUAGAAGUUUUCAAGAAAACCAACACACAGUGAGAGUGAGUGAGAGUGAUUCAUUCAAACUAACUGAGUCGGUAAUAAAGUUUUGACUGUUCAGAUUCUAACACAAGAGCUAACAUUUGGCUGGCUUUUCCAGGUGUGUGUGUGAGUGUGUGUGUGUGUGUGUGUGUGUGUUAGAUAAGAGAAAGGUUUUCCUGCAGUUUAUUCCUGCAGUAUCUGAAUCCUCAUGACUCUGGUUGUUUGUUUCCUUCAUGAUGGCCAAAACAGCACAACAACAACAGUAAUCAUAAUAACAACACUGGCCGAGGUCUGGUUGUUGAUUUAAUCCAGUAAAUCUGGACUUAAUCUCAUAUUUUCCAGCUGCUGCAGAAUCUGGUUGGUGUUGUGUUUUUCUGGACUUUCAGCAGUGACUGGACAUUAAUCUAUAAAUCUGUGACUCAGUGUGUCUGUGAGGCGUCUGCCGCACGACGGCGCUGCGGUGAAACUGCUGGGCAGAGGCUUACUCUGAAUUCAUUUACCCUCGAGGCAUAAGGACAGUCAGCUGACUUGUUAAUGACAGUUGGUUUCCACGGUGAUGGUGUCACCAGUCGCUGCUGAGUUUUUCCUCUGAGCUUCUAAACAUUUAAACUCAGCAGGUUAAAGAAAACUAAAGUUAUUAAAAGUGAAACUUUCAUUUCCAUGAAGGAGAGGAAAGAAAACGAAUAAAUCAGUUUACACUUAAGCUUUUAAACAACUUUAUUGUUAUUAUUAACAAUAACAGAGAUGCCUGUGAUUUUUUUUAGACAUGAUUAAAAUUGUAAUAAUUGUUAAAUAAAUAGAAGAAUUUCUGUCAUUUAUAGUAUUUCAAAAGUUGUCAAGUUCUGAUGUUAAAGGGCUGUAUUAUUUACUGCUCAGGUUCCAUUUCACAAUAAAAAGUUCAAUAAAAAAAAAUCUUUGU